GGGAGUGACUAGCUCAUAAUAUUAUGAUUUAUUAUUUAUAUUAUCAUAUAAGUGUUUUUAUGGUUAUUUAUAAAUUUCCGAGAGAGUAGUUUUUUUCUUUUUAAAUUUCAACUCCAAACUAGGUAUUUAAAUAAUGCGCUGAGAGAGGAGACAGAGAAGCAGACGAGGAAAGAAGUAGGAAAGAAAUUUAGAUGGCGUUACUAGACAAUUUAUCUAUCUCCUCACGUCACAGCAUGUGCUUUCCGUUUUGAUCAAUAGGAUCAACAGCUGCGGUACUGUAUUAUUAUACAGACUCGCAGAAUGUCUUUACUAAUUCGAAGAUGCAAAUUCGACAAUUAUUGGCGAUACCCAAAGCUCGUAAAUCGGAUAAAGCUUGACGAAUUACAUGCUCGCUCACUAACUAACCUAAUUUCGACUUUGAGACAUUUUUGUAAUGCACGCGCGAAACCGAAUAUUUUGGACGAUAAAACUAAAAAGUUUUUAGAUUAUCUCGCGAACGAGUACAAAAACAACUCUUGGAAGAAUAAUAACUUUGUCAAUUUUAUGGAUUUUAAUGCUUUCGAUGGUUUAUUGAGCGAAAGAGUGCAGCUCAUUGAAAAUAUUCAAAACUUGCAUGAUCUAGGACAACAGGACAUAGAGAUGAAAAAAUUGGCGGAGGAGGAGGAAGCGUUGUACAAAGGGCAAUUGAAUGAACUUGACGAGAGAUUAUUGGACAUUGUGCUGGCAAAUAUGUACAAGGAUUUUUAUGAUAGCAUCAUUAUCGAAAUAACUGCUGGUGUCGGUGGUCAGGAAGCGAUGCUGUUCGUUAAGGAUUUAUAUGAUAUGUACUUGGGUUAUGCCAAGUAUUUAGAUUUGGAUCAUGAAAUAAUCGACAUGGAGGUAACCGAUAACAAGGGCAUUAGACACGUCAGUGUUAUUAUAUCUGGCAAUCAAGUCGACAAGUUCCAACACGAGGGUGGUGUACACCGAGUACAGCGAGUACCAGCCACAGAAAGAUUGAGUCGAGUGCAUACCAGUACUGCCUCGGUGGCAAUUUUGCCAGUGCCAUCAGAAAUACAGAUUAUGAUUAAUGAGAAGGAUCUGAAAAUAGAGACAAAAAGAUCAUCUGGCGCAGGUGGUCAACAUGUAAACACUACCGACUCAGCAGUGAGGAUAACACAUCUGCCAAGUGGAGUGAGCGUUACUUGUGAAGUACACAGAUCGCAAGAUAAAAAUAGAAAAAUGGCGAUGGACAAACUGAAGAGCGUCUUGUAUGAGCGGCAAUUGAACAAGCAAACGUCAUUUACAAGCGAGCUACGGCAGAAGCAAAUGGGAAUGGGAUUCAGAAACGAGAAGAUCAGAACGUAUAAUUACAAUCAAGAUCGCGUGACCGAUCACAGACUAGGUCAGAAUGGGACACUUUACAACUUGGCAGAAUUUAUGCAAGGUGGUGAGGCUUUAGAGGAAUUAGAAAACAAAUUGUGUAACCACAUACGGGUAAAAACUCUGCUGGAAAUAGUCAAAAAGCUGGAGACUCAAUUAAAGUGAUGCUAGUCUUUUCUAAAAUCAUCAUUUUGUGCUAUAAGAUUGUAUAUAGGGGGAUUCAUUUUAUAUAGGCAAGUCAUUGUACAGAACACAUAACCAAAAAUAUAUGCAUAUAUGUAUGUAUAAUAUUAA